AUGUUUUCCCCAAAUCACACAAUAGUGACUGAAUUCAUUCUCCUGGGACUCACAGAUGACCCGGCACUACAGAAGGCCCUGUUUGCGGUGUUCCUGGUGAUCUACCUAAUCACACUGGUGGGAAAUCUGAGCAUGGUCGUGCUCAUCAGGGCCAAUCCUCACCUCCAGACCCCCAUGUAUUUCUUUCUCAGCCACCUCUCCUUUGUAGACCUUUGCUAUUCCUCCAAUAUUACUCCAAAUAUGCUGCACAAUUUCCUCUCAGACCAGAAGACCAUCUCCUAUGCUGGAUGCUUCACACAGUGUCUUCUCUUCAUUGCCCUGGUGAUCACUGAACUUUAUCUCCUUGCUUCAAUGGCCUUGGAUCGCUAUGCAGCCAUCUGCAGCCCUCUACAUUACAGCACCAGGAUGUCCAAGGACGUUUGCAUCUUUCUAGUCACAGUCCCUUAUACUUGUGGUCUCCUCAAUGGCCUCUCUCAGGCCCUGCUGACCUUUCAUUUGUCCUUCUGUGACUCCCUUGAGAUCAACCAUUUCUACUGUGCUGAUCCUCCUCUGAUAAUGUUGGCCUGCUCUGACACCUAUGUCAAAAAGAUGUCAAUGUUUGUGGUUGCUGGUUUCACUCUCUCAAGCUCUCUCUUCAUCAUUCUUCUGUCCUACAUUUUCAUCAUUGCAGCCGUCUUGAGGAUGCAUUCUGCAAAAGGCAGGUACAAAGCCUUUUCUACUUGUGGUUCCCACCUGACAACAGUCACUCUAUUUUAUGGAACCCUCUUCUGCAUGUACUUAAGGCCUCCAUCUAAGAACUCUGUAGAGGAGUCCAAAAUAAUUGCAGUCUUUUAUACAUUUUUGAGCCCAAUGUUGAACCCAUUGAUCUACAGUGUAAGGAACAAGCAUGUGAUCCAUGCCAUGAGGCAUAUGAUUAAGAUACAUGCAAGUCAGGGACCCGUAGAACACAGUGACAGCUGUCAAGUGGGAGCCACAGGUGGAGAAGGCUUUGCACUGCCCUUCACUGGAAUGGAUCCUCAUAAUGGUGACAAAAAUGAAAAUGCAGGAGAUGAGGAUAAUGAGUAG